UCUCUGUCCCUCUAGUGCUAAACUUUGUCUGGAUCUUCGAUUGGGUACAAACAUAUGAUUGAGAAGUAGUAUAGGAAUCACCUCAUGUCCUAGGUUUCAUUUCUUCGUUGUAUUGAAGUGGAAGUGGCGUGAUCGACGGAUGGAAACGUAAUACUAUUCGUUCUGUCUGUAGGACAGUGUAACUGUUUUUAAAAUAAUGUCAUAGAAGUCUCCUGGAUUACAAAAUUCAAAUGAAAUGGCAGUUUCAAUUAGAACAUAUUCGUGUAAAAUAGUUCCUGCUAUUCAGGUUAUUUCAAGUAGGAAAAAUUUGCAUUUGUAUAGUGAUUCAUUACAAUCAAGACCCAGUAUUGCGGGAGCCAUCUCUAGAUCAGUAUUUCUUAACCAGUUUUUGUGCAAACGAAGAUUAAGAAGUAUUUCAUCAAUCCGAUCCAUAGAAGACUAUCAGUUUGAAGAAGAUCAAAAUGAGUUCAAACCAAAGUUGAAUAUUUGUAAUAAUGGGGAGCAAGCAUCCUUUAGUUUAAAUCUUCAGAUUAAUUCAUUCCAACCUUCAUUAGUAUACACUAAUAAAAGAGCAUGUAGGAAGGAUAGUCUUCUACCACAAAAUGGGCUCAGGGAGACAUAUCUUCACAAUAAAUAUUCACAGUCACCUUUAUUGUUUGGUAUAACUUCAAGCCCUUUCAUUUCUGACUACGAGAAGCAAAUGAUAUUGCUAUCUGAGACAACAAAGGAACCUUCGCCAGAGCCUCCAAAAAAUGAAAGUGGAAAACCAUCAGCUGAUCAACUUAAUGUUGUACAUAAAGUAUUGUCAAAUACGUUACCAAAGCUUUUUGUACAACCACUUGAUUAUUCGAUUUACCACCAAAACUUGAUAUUUGAAAACAACAUAAGAGGCACAAGAACAGUGGGUAUUUUCCACUAUGUAAGGCAGAUUGCUCUGUUACGAAUGAUUGGUCAUUUUAAAUUUGCUUACGUCAAGUUUGACAUAUUGAAGAUAACAUCUCACCCAGAGGAUGGAACUGUUAAAGUUCGUUGGAGGAUUAGAGGAAUUUCUGGCAUGAAAGUCUUUUUCAACUUCUGGAAAUUCAACAUACUGAAUAUGAAAGAAUCUGUUGAAAGAGAACAAGAAUCGUGGUACGAUGGAUUCUCUGUUUUCUUUGUCGAUGGUGAAGGAAAAGUAUUCAAGCACGUGGUCGAUAAGAUGCAACCAGACCCAGAGGAGAAAACAGACAUAGUGAAACCUACUCUGGCAACUAAGCUGGCGUUGAUGUUGGGUCUGACUCCGCUCGACUGCCUUGUGUACCCCCAUGUGAUAUCUGCUCUGAGGGAGAGCUCCAGGUGUUUGUCCGACGCCAUGCUGCCUCUUGACAAGAUCGAAUGAGCCGCUUCACAGUCUUAGUGUUACUUAGAGCUAUCUCUGGACUCCAGCUUAUAUUAAGUUGAGCCCAUAUUUCUGCCAUUGCCAAACUGUCUAUAUUUUCUUCUGAGGCUUGUAACAAAUAAAAUAAAAAUUGUGUAAGAUCAUUUUAGAAAAUUACAAAUUAAUGGGAAAACAUAUCGAGUUUUGUAUAAAUCGAAUACAAUACUGAUACAAAAAUACUGUGUAAACGAGAGAAAACUACAGUAAAAAUGGUACUCUUAGGAAUCUUUAAACAAAAAAAUUGUAUAACUGCUGUGUAUCUGAAUAUGUAUCAUGGCUAAAUUGUACAAUAAAUAGUGAAUAUUGAUUUUAUUUUAUCUUAGCUGUUAUGUUUAAUAGUGCCUUGUCAUUUGCUCCACGUUAUUUUCUUGUAAAGUACGUCGUUGAAUAUUGUAAUAAAUAUUGACAUAAAUUUUACUAAAGAAUCCAAAGUUUUAAAUGUAAACAAUUUGUACGAAACAUUUCUUAUGUUGUUAUUUAUGUAACUUAUUAUUCCUCAUGUUCUUAUUUUACGGAAAUAAUGUAAAUAGUAUUUGUCACAUUAAAAUGUGCUAUUGUU